UAAUCAGGAGUAAGUCAAACUUCUUGCAGUUGAGGAUUUGUGCGCACGCACUGAAGGAUCCAGGUGGUGCAGUUUUUUCUCCCUGGUUUCAUGUGCUCAUCAGUGCUGAAGACAAUGGGAUGGAAACAUCUAAUCUCAGUGAAGUCAAGAGGCAACUAACCCAUCAGUAGAACAGGUGUCUGUGGUGAUGUUGCCAUGUGCCGGCUGCCAUCUGCUUCAACACUCAUUUAUUCAGGACUGAUGUCCAGAUGGUGUGCCCCUCCAUGUGCCGUCCAGUUCAGCUCUCCCUGAAUCUUUCAUGGGCCACAAACCGACCCAAGCAUCCACGGCCUCUUGACUCAACCCCACCACCCCGACGCUGCACACCUCACCCCUCAUCCCUCACCCCUCACUUUCACCCUUAGCCUGCUCGACCCUUGUCACAUUCCAUCAAUCCUGUCCCUCCCUGAACACAACAUGGUGGCCUUCAUUCCCACUCUACUCUUGGUGAUGAUGUGUCGGGGGGUCCUGCUCUCCAUCGGGGACCCACCUCAAUCCCGUCGAGAGAUCCGCAUCGAGGGUGACCUGGUUCUCGGCGGCUUGUUCCCCGUGCACGAGAAAGGUGCUGGGAUGGAGGAGUGUGGCCGUGUGAACGAGGACAGAGGAAUCCAGAGGCUGGAGGCCAUGUUAUUCGCCAUUGACAGAAUCAAUAAGGACAACUAUUUACUGCCCGGGGUCUCCCUUGGAGUCCACAUCCUGGACACCUGCUCAAGAGAUACCUAUGCCCUGGAGCAGGCUCUGGAGUUUGUGAGAGCCUCCCUCACCAAGGUGGACGACACAGAAUUCAUCUGUCCAGACGGAUCUUACGCUCUGCAGGACGACAGUCCGCUUGCAAUCGCUGGAGUCAUAGGAGGCUCCUUCAGCAGUGUGUCCAUACAGGUCGCCAAUCUUCUCCGGCUAUUCCAGAUCCCUCAGAUAAGCUACGCGUCAACAAGUGCCAAGCUCAGUGACAAAACCCGCUAUGAUUAUUUCGCCCGCACGGUGCCCCCGGACUUCUACCAGGCCAAAGCCAUGGCUGAGAUCCUCCGGUUCUUCAACUGGACGUACGUGUCCACCGUUGCGUCCGAGGGCGAUUAUGGUGAAACUGGAAUCGAGGCCUUCGAGCAAGAGGCUCGCAUGAGGAACAUCUGCAUCGCCACUUCUGAGAAGGUGGGACGCUCAAACGCUAAGAAGUCCUAUGAAGCUGUGAUCCGUCAGCUCCUGCAGAAGCCAAACGCCCGUGUGGCUGUCCUCUUCCUGCGCAGCGAUGAUGCCAGAGAGCUGCUGGCAGCUGCUGCCAGGCUCAACACCUCCUUCAUCUGGGUGGCCAGCGACGGCUGGGGCGCGCAGGAGAGCAUCGUCAAGGGAAACGAGGUCACCGCCGAGGGAGCCAUCACACUCGAGCUGGCGGCCAAUCCCUUGCCAGAGUUCAACCGCUACUUCCUCAGCUUGAACCCCGUCAAGAACCUCCGUAACCCCUGGUACAGGGAAUUCUGGGAGCAGCGGUUCCAGUGCUCUUUAGGUGGUGGAGGAAAAGAAGGAGGUGUAGGUCUUGGACUCGGGGAGACGGCUCACCUCCCUCCGUGUGGCAGGAGCUUGUCGAUGGACAAGAACAACUUUGAACCGGAGUCAAAGAUCAUGUUCGUGGUGAACGCGGUGUAUGCUAUGGCUCACGCUCUUCACCAUAUGCAACAGAGUCUGUGCUCCAACACCACCAAGCUGUGUGACAGCAUGAAGGCCUUGGACGGGCGCAGACUCUACAGGGAUUACAUCCUCAAUGUCAGCUUCACAGCCCCUUUCGCUCCACCAGGCAGCGAGACAACAGUCAAGUUUGAUUCCCAGGGGGACGGCAUGGGACGAUACAAUAUCUUCAGCUACCAGCGCUCUGGUGAUCGUUAUGGUUACGUGCCGGUCGGCGAAUGGGCUGAGACCCUGAGUUUGAGCAGUGAUCUGAUUCACUGGCCAAGAGAAGCGGUGCCCACCUCGCAGUGCAGCGACCCCUGCGAGCGUAAUGAGAUGAAGAAAAUGCAGGCAGGUGAGUACUGCUGCUGGAUCUGCACAGCCUGUGAGCCUCAUGAAUACCUGGCUGAUGAGUUCACCUGCUCGCCCUGUGCUCCCGGCCAGUGGCCCACUGAUGACCUGACAUCCUGUUACGACCUACCCGAGGACUACAUAAUGUGGGAGGAUGCUUGGGCCAUUGGUCCAAUUACUGUUGCCUGUGUAGGGUUCAUGUGCACCGGCCUGGUGUUCUGGGUGUUUGUACGAAACAACAACACACCGCUGGUGAAAGCCUCAGGCAGGGAGCUGUGUUACAUUCUUCUCUCGGGGGUCUUCAUGUCCUACGCCAUGACUUUCCUCUUCUUAGCCAAACCAUCUCCUGCCAUCUGUGCUCUGCGUCGCCUCGGCCUGGGCACAUCAUUUGCUGUCUGCUACUCUGCCCUCCUCACCAAAACCAACAGAAUUGCCCGGAUAUUCAGUGGUGUGAAAGACGGAGCGGGUGCAACGAGGCCACGCUUCAUUAGCCCGUCCUCUCAGGUGUUUAUCUGUCUGAGCCUAAUCUCCGUUCAGUUAGUGAUGGUGUCAGUAUGGCUGCUGCUGGAGGUUCCAGGUACACGGCGCUUCACGUUGCCAGAGCGACGGCAGACUGUCAUCCUCAAGUGCAACGUACGCGACUCCAGUAUGUUGCUGUCACUGGGAUACGACGUGCUCCUGGUCAUCCUGUGUACUGUGUAUGCCUUCAAGACCAGGAAGUGCCCCGAGAACUUCAACGAGGCCAAGUUCAUUGGAUUCACCAUGUACACCACCUGUAUCAUUUGGCUGGCCUUCCUCCCCAUCUUUUAUGUUACAUCAAGCGACUACAGGGUUCAAACCACCACGAUGUGCAUCUCGGUGAGCCUGAGUGGCUUUGUGGUGCUGGGCUGCAUGUUUGCACCGAAGGUCCAUAUCAUCAUGUUCCAGCCCCAGAAGAAUGUGACCAGUCACAGGCUUAACCUCAAUCGCUUCAGUGUCAGUGGGGCUGCCACCACCACGUAUGCGUCUCAUGCUUCGGUCAGUGCCCACUACGUACCGACCGUGUGCAACGGGAGAGAAAUAGUCGACUCCACCACGUCCUCUCUGUGACCACCUACAGUCCACUCAUGAAAUCUGCCCCUGCGACUGUUAGAUUAACAUCAUCAUCUCCAUCCCCCUUAAACCUGCUCUCCUCAUCUUACACACACACACAGUGUUUGCACUGUCCACAUACAAACACGCACACACACACACACAAACAUCCGUCCUUGUGGACUAGAACUGUAUUGUUUCACAAAUGUAGAAAGUGUGUUACUAUAAUUAAAUUAUUUUCUAGGGUUGUACAUACAUGGAAUCCACAUUGUUGUAAGUAGAGAAACAAAAGAACAAAAAAAAGUUUUUAGGGAGGAAUUUUUGGAGCCUUUGAUUUUGAUAGCUUUGUUAUGACGCAGUGUAAAUAGACAUGUGCUUAAUCAUGGUAGAAGGGUGUGUGUGUGUGUGUCCCUCUCGGUCCGGAUGCACAUUUGUGGCUCAAUGCUCGCCUCACCCGCGAUAUUCCACCAACUUUUUAUUCUCAUGCUUUUUUGUAGGUCUCAUUGUUAUAACCGGUGCAUUUCUAUGGUUUAUCUGUACAUUUGUAUAUUACACUACUGAUGGUUCCAACAGCACAACGGUCUCGUGAAUGUGGACAAAAAGCAUAAACUGGAAAGAAAAUAACGGCUGGAAUGGACUUACAAACAAAAAUCCAUUGGACACAUUGACUUAUGUGUCGGCGCCCAAUUUUUUGUUUGCGAAUCUGCCUUUUCACAUUCUGGUCAAUAUGAUUUCUAUCUUCGAUCAGCGUAAACAACUCAAUUUUUUUUCUUUUUCAAGGAAAGUAGAUUUUUGCUUUUGAUACAUUUUUCUAUGCCUGAUUCUGGAAUCCCUUUAUCUAAAUGGCCAUAGUGGCCAGUCAUGUGUUCACCAAAGCAACUCAGUGUGUGCAGUGUGAAGUAGUGCUGCUGUAAUGGCGAAUAAUAAUGAUGAUAAUAAUAAUAAUAAUAAUAAUUAAUGGCAGGGGUGAAAGAAUGUCACAAGUAUUUAUUUGGACAGUUUUUGUUAUGAAUUUGUUGUCUCUUGCUUUGGUGAACACAUCCUGAGUUAGUCCAACGACAGUGGGGUGGAAGCUUCUGUUUGUUCGGCUUGUUUUUCGUGCCCCACAGAUAUGGUGUUUGCUGAUGUUUUGAAUAUGGCUAUGUGCCUUAAUGUAUUUUGAUAGUGCUUCAGCAAAAGUUGUAAGAGAUCAUGUUUACAUUACCAGCUCAGAAUCCAUGUUUGGUAGAUGUAAAUGUGACUUCAGUAUAGACGAGUACAUGUUUUAUUUAAAACCCCCACCAGUGUGUCUGUCAUCCACCGCUUACCUGACGUGUUGAAACAGUGAGUGACACAAGAGGAGUUCCGGGGUUAAAAGGACUUCCUCCUCCUCCUCCACCCAUUCUUUCCUCAGCCUGUGAUUAAAAAAAAUAAGACACCCAUCACUGACUUUACAUUUUUACAGCUCAGCAGCUCCAGUGAAUGAAAGAAUGGGAAGAGAAGCUCAUAUUCCAUUAAGAUGAAGUCAUUGGCUCGGCAGCUUAUUGAAGUGUGCAGUUUACGCUCGUGUUAAAUGUGUUGACGCUGAGAGGCAGAGUCGAGCAGCUGGCUCCGGCAGUCCCACAGAGGCUCACAGGAGGAAGCAGAGCACACAGUGUCAGCUGCCGGCAGAUCCCAGCUAACGAAAGGAUGUUAGAGUAGAACUCAUCUGCACAUUCGACUCAGCACUUAACAGAACAUACACACCCAUCAGAGUCUCUGUGGCUGGAAAUGUGACAGCGUCUCUGUGGAGAGAAAAGGAGGAGAAUAAAUGACAAA